CGGCGAGACACCGCCGACCGCUACGAGCGUAGACCCGCUACGAGACUACGCCGCGACUUUACGUAACUUUUCAUACUUUUCUAAAUGACAUUCGAACAUUUUGUAUGUGUAUGUAUCGUGACUGUGGCUUCCGUUGACUUUUGAUGUGGUUUAAAAUGUGUUGUGUUUAUUAUUAAUUAUCGUUAUGUUCUCAAAUUAACGAUGGCACCGCUAAGGAUUCCGACAGGGGACUUUUUCACUGAUGACCUGACGGAGUUUUUGAACUACUCCACGCAAACCCCAUACCAUGAGACCCGUCACCACGGGAGGCACCGUAACCACUCGCACAGGGAGAACCACUCGAAAAACCAUAACGUGGCAGAUAUUCUAUCAAAUUCCAUAAUGGAAGUGAUGAAUACUAAAUUCGUGCCUGAUAACAGUGUGUUGCCUGAUUUAGAGCCUUUGACCUCUCACAUAGACGGGUCCAUGGACCGUCAUUACCCCCUUAAAAUGAAUAUCACCAUGAACAGAUCUGAUUUCGGUGUGAUCAGCGAUGAGUUUAUGUACCGCCACAGCGGUGCUAUGACCGCUGUAUACUGUGCCGCCUAUUUGCUCGUGUUCGUAGUGGGUCUAAUCGGGAACUGUUUUGUCAUUGCCGUCGUGUACCGUUCACCACGUAUGAGGACUGUCACCAACUUCUUCAUCGUGAACCUGGCUGUUGCUGAUAUACUCGUCAUUGUAUUCUGUUUGCCAGCGACGCUGAUGUCCAACAUAUUUGUUCCUUGGGUGCUUGGAUGGCUGAUGUGUAAAACGGUCCCGUACGUGCAAGGGUUGUCGGUCGCCGCAUCCGUCUAUAGUUUAGUCGCUGUCUCGCUUGACAGGUUCCUCGCAAUCUGGUGGCCGCUGAAAUGCCAGAUUACCAAGCGCCGAGCCAGAAUGAUGAUCGUCUUCAUCUGGAUCUUCGCCAUCGUCGUCACCACACCGUGGGUAUUCUUCUUCGAUCUUGUGGUCGUAUUCGAGGACAACCCCAACGUACGCCUCUGUCUUGACGUCUGGCCCAACCCGCUCAGCGAAAUCCUCUACUUCGUUAUAGGCAAUCUAAUCUUCUGUUACAUUCUCCCCAUGGUCCUUAUUUCCAUGUGCUACAUUCUAAUCUGGAUCAAAGUUUGGAGACGCUCCAUCCCCACCGACACACAGGAUGCCCAAAUGGAGAGGAUGCAACAGAAAUCGAAAGUGAAGGUCGUCAAAAUGCUUGUCGCUGUAGUCAUCCUGUUUGUUCUGUCAUGGUUCCCCUUGUACCUUAUAUUCGCAAGGAUAAAAUUGGGAGGACCCAUUCAAAAAUGGGAGGAAGACAUCUUCCCAGUUGUGACACCUCUUGCGCAAUGGCUCGGAUCCUCUAACUCCUGCAUUAAUCCUAUCUUAUACGCGUUCUUCAACAAGAAAUACAGGAAAGGCUUUGUGGCAAUAAUCAAGAGCAGAAAAUGCUGCGGUAGACUCCGUUACUAUGAGACAAUCGCAUUGCAAUCAUCGAGCACGUCAACAAGAAAGUCAUGGCAUUACAACAAUAACAAUCAUGCCUCGAUCACGCGCAGAUCUCCACCGAUGGACAAGAAUGCGGUCUCCUUCAUCUUCAACCACACAGGAGUGUAAAGCUAAGCAGCGUUGGGUUUAGGAUCUGGUUUUCGGUCGAGCUCUCGACUCCGCGUCUGUCACAGCUGCCCUGUGCGGUACGCAGAUGCAUCUCACCAUAUCGACAAAUACGAUGUUUUUUAUGCAUAUAAGAUUUUGAGUUCGACAGUUUGAUGUUGUCUCGUGCAAGAACCAAAUUUUUGAACUUCGUGACUAUCCAAUAAUGUAGUAUUUUAUUAAGUGAACAUAAUCAAUGGAUGUUUUUACAGUAGUAACGUACUUGUAACUUUUAUACGUAAGUCGGUUAAAGUGUUGUAUGGAGACUUUAUUUUUACACUAAACGUAACUCGUGUACGGAAUAGCGAAGCGAAACGCACAUUAAGCACAAACGUUUUAUAACAAAAAAAAAAUUAUAAUAAUUACAAUAAUUUCGAAUUGAUUUAUUCAAAAUUUUAAUUCACUAACUUUUAAUUUUUAAUGUAAUAACGUUUAAAAAUAUAAUAAUAAUUAUAUUUAAAUAAAUUCAAUGGUGGAACUUCAUGCAGUUAUAAAGUGAAAUAAAUACAGUACAAACAACUAUUUUGUAGGUCGUAAGCUUUUUAAAUAUUAAUAAUAAUUAAUAAAAAGAUAUUUUUCAUUGGGAGAUAUUAAAAACACUUCUUUUUAUACUAAGUAACAAGUAAGCACUUCAUUAAAGUCUAAUAACAUUCGAGUUAACAAUAUAAGGUUUAGAGUACUUGGUAUGAAAUAUUAUAUAUUUUUUUCAUAGUGUGCUUACAAUAGUUAUGAAUAUAUUUAUGUAUAACUUAUAUAUAAAUGGUUUUAUAUUAACGAAAAAAUAAAUAAAAAUAACAGCUGAAAAAUAUGAAACAUUCGUAAAUAUAAAUAAAAUAUAAAAGUAAUUAAAUUAUCCCAAAUGCAAAUUAAUAAAAAAAAUAUAUGUUAUUCUCGACAUAUUCUGUUAGCGUACGAUUUGUCAAAAUAUAAUAAUAGUUAAGUAAAACUGGUUAAGUA